UACUUAUAUAUUACAUGAUAUACACUCCGGGGCCCUGCCAGUGGGCAAAAAACGCGGUAUCUCUGUCACCGGUCGGUAACUUUAAAAUUGGACACGACGCUCACGUGAUAUAUUAUUAGGCAGUUACCGCCGCCGGUCCGUACCCGGAACCGUAAAGUUGAUCUUGACAACCUCCAUUUUCUGCCUCAUUUUACUCUCUAUUCUCCGAAUGUCUCCCCUGGAUCUCUUGAUUUUGGAUGCUGCAGAAUGGCCUGCAGAAAUGCAAUGUCUCGCCGGUUCACUUGACUAUCUAAUUCCUUCACAACUUGCCUGUGGUUCCCAGUCAUGCCCCUCUGUUUCUUCUCGAACAUCUCCUAUAUUUCAAGAACUAGCGACUUUAUACAAGCGCUCUCCGGGACAGUUUUCCCAAUCAGACGCACAUUCGGAAGUCCUGGACAUUCUUGACUUGCUGAUAAUACCUCUUGUGUCUGUCGGUUAUGAGGAUUAUUAUGCGAGAAGCUCCGAUUGUUGGACCACGAUUAUCGCACACCACAGUAUUAUGGAAGACGUUUAUGCGUCGCUGCUGAUAUCCCAUACUGUCGAAGAUAUCCAACCACCAAGACCAACGGUAGAAAGCAACGUACCUACACUGACGUUUGAUAAUACGGAAGAUCACUCGGAUGGCAAGUUCAAGUAUGAAGAAUAUCACUCACACACUUUGUACGAAAUGAUACCGGCUACGAGCAUAUGGAGGCUUCUACGGAGAGUCAAACAUCGGUUUAAUCAUCUCGUACUCUUCUUGAUGCGCGCAUGUCCUCCCAUACUGGCUGUAUCUGCAUUCCGUUGCUCUUUUAUUCCUUUUGCUGCCGGAGAAGAACAUUAUGAACAACAGUUCGUUUUUGAGUCUCCGUAGCACUGCUCUUCCAGGGCAAGCUCGACAUCUAGAAUAGAAGGUACGAGUCCCCUAUGAUAGUUGUCUCUUGUCCCCCUCUUGCGUCCUUCCAGAGGAGAGCAUGAGAAGGACAAGCCUUCUUCGGGAAUGAAUAGCAAUAGAUCAGAAUGCGUGGAUUGCUUAUCAUGCUCGGUGUUUGUCGUCCUUUGCUAUCAUGAAUUGAAGUCGCAACUGACAUCGUAUGCU